UAGCAGAGUGGUAUAUAUCAAUUGAUACUACCAAAAAAUUUCUCCCCGACCAAAUGCUGUUGUGUACAUUCAGCCUUAAGCGAGGAAUUCGUUCAGGGGAAAGUCGCUGUCACGUGCUAUUCUCCAAUACCGAGUAGAUAAGUCGGCAAAAACACACCUUAACGCCAGUUCAUUUUCGAAUAUCGGAAAUUAAGACAUAUCAGUCAGCAAGACACACGAUGUUCAGCUGCUAUCACGACGUCUAAUGUUAGUGGCGCAAAAACCGGGCGCGAAGUCUUACCAACGCCGCCAAGGGAAACAAGCGACGCCCGAUUCCCUUUACACCACCGUCCCAGCAGUUUGACUGGACAACAUCCACCCCACGAACCACCUCUCGUGUAAUCAACCGCGUGGCAAACCAACCAUGUGGAGCGGUUGGUGAACUCGGAAGCUUGACUAAGCGGGUCUUGGGGUCCGUUUUCAUGGAUUUUGAAAUGGGGUUCUGGCGGCCGUAUCGACAAGUUUAGCUGUCAAAAUGGUGGAUUGAGUGGGGUUUCGCCCUUUGCGAGCGUGCUACAAAAGGCGGAAAACCUCAAUCCUGAGCGAUUUUUAAGUUUUUCGUUGGUUUUCGAGACAGGAAUACUCACCGCUGCGACUGUCCGGAACAGGCUGUCCUCUUUACUGUACCCCUCAUUCAUAAGCCGGGGGUUCGGCGGCGUACAUAGGUAAGUCAGGUACGGUACAUAUGUCUGCUGCUGCCACUAGUACAUCACAACAUUUCUCAGAGUCUGCCCAGCUAUUUCUGCUUGGUGUAACCAUAUCAAGGCCUGAUUGAAGACAACAUUCUCAUGUCCACUUUGUCCCUUUGGAUAGACUCUGUUGCAUAUUCAAGAAGUUGGACGACAUGCAGAAGUUCUAUGUCCCACUAUUACGGGAUCCCCAGAUACGCGUCAGCUGCUCUUUCUUUCCACCACCUGAGCGACCUUCUCCCCGAGAUACCCUCAUAGUCUUUCUCAACGGCAUUGACCACCCGAAGUCGACUUGGGGUCCCACAAUCGAUGCACUUCUGAAGCCACGAAGGCGACCAUACUCAACACCCUUUCUCACGUACGACAGGCCUGGUCAAGGUACCACGACUGGCAGUAAUCAAGACAUCCCAGGGAAACCACAAGGUCAUGCGAGGGAUUGUUUGGACGCCGCCCAUGAUUUGAGAGAGUUGAUCGAGUAUGUGGGAAAAACACGGCUUGGUGUCGAUAGAGAGGAUAUCGAUUCUCUGGGCAUAGUCUUCGUCGCUUCAUCGAUAGGUGUCGCUAUUGCAAGGCUUUAUGCAGCAGAGUACCCUAGGACUGCCACCGCAUAUCUGUUUUUGGACUCAACGCUCGCGUGUUCGGAUACAGUUUCGAUAUAUCCAGAUCCCCACGCGCCAGGGUUCAGGGAGGAGGACCUUCCAAAUGGUGUCACAGUAGAGGACCUGGAACUCGCAAGGAAUAGGUUGGGAAGGGCAUACCAUCCAGAAGCUCCGAAUAGAGAAGGUCUGUGGAGAGGGAACCUCCCUGAAUUGCUGCCAUACUCAGAUGCGCCACCACUCAUUGGGCCUGGACCAAGAACGCCGUACGUGACUGUCGUCCAGCAUGAUCCGGUCGUAAAUCUCAGGCAGUGGACCAAGCUUGUUGGAAUUCCCAGGCAUGUGUCGGAGCUGUAUGCCGAACCGUUCUGGAGUGAGUACCAUGAAGGACUAACGCGACUCACGAAAUCGCAUAUCAGGACAGGCUUGAUCGUUGCGAAGGGAUGCGGGCAUCUUAUACAUAAGGAAGAUCCUAGAUUGGUCGCGGGUGAGAUUCGAGGGUUGCUGGAUAAGUUGAGUCGCGAUGAAGGGAGCAGGAUUUGAGGCAGGAACAUGCUAGAAAUUGGGGGAACAAUCCAAUAAUGGCUGGAAUAUUGAAUUGGCAGAUGUAUGUCGCCGAUUCCUGUUUUACAAAUAGUCAUUUCAAGGUUCUGCCGAGGAACAAGAUAACGACUUUGUUGGAUGCGAAUAAUUGAUGCCGUCCCACACACCUGAAAACUCAACAACGGUCGUAGUAGAUCGGCUUGAACUUUUUGGUAUUUGUAUUUUUCCGGAUGAUACCGUUCCGAUAUAAUGUCACGUCGCAAGAAAAACAACAGGAAGACCCUUUAUUCCCGCGACUGCGAAGUAUGGCUGUGAAGUUAUUCCCACUUGUUGUAAAGCUCCGAAGAUGAAUCGAAUCUGUUUCCAGGGGAAAGAACUUCUUUUGGACCCCUCGAAUCCAAAUCGUGGCUUGUCUCGAGG